AUGUCUCGAGCUGGACUGUGGGCGAAAGUGAUCGGAGGUGGUAUCCUCAUCUCGGUCGGUGGCCCAGCCUUUGUGCAAUAUCUCCGCCCUUCGGACGAGGAGCUUGUCAAGCGUUACAACCCGGAAUUGCAGAAGCGCAGUGCGGAGCAGGGCGAUCGCAAGGCGCAGGAGUUCGACGAUUAUGUUCAGAAGCUGAAGGUGUGGUCCAAAUCGGACAAGUCCAUUUGGUACGCCGCGCAAGAAGAGCGGGACCGGGAGCAGGCGCGGAUCGAGGCGCAGCGCGCUCGGGCGAAGGAGGAGUCGAGGAUACAACGCGAGGAGAUGCGCAAGGAGCUGUUGGGUGAGAAAUGA